CUAAAUCUCCCCUCUUUUAGUCUAAAGUCUGCCCCGCCCAGUGCCCGGGUCAGGGUGACCCCUCCCUGAGCCCCGGAUCGUGCAUAAACCACAGGAAGGACAAGGUCACGUUAUCAGCCCCUGGUUUAGCAGUAAAUGGGCAGAAGUCCUGCCUGAGGUGACGGUGAUGGGAGCGAGCAUGCGGUGGCAUUUCCAGCAGCAGGGCUGGCACAGCACCUCCGCGCCCCGCACUGCCCGUGCUGCGGUGCUAAGGGGGGAGCCGGUGGGAGCGGGGCGCAGCGAAGUUCCCUCUGGUUACAUGGGUUGGUGUCUGCUGCUCAGGCAAUGGCUGUUGUCAGCUCAGUGUGGUUUUUCAAGGGCCUGGCAGUGCCUCGUCUGCUGCUCCUCAGACCUGUUCGCCUCUUCCACGCUCCUGCAGCUCUUCAGUCAGCCAUGCCCCUUUUUAGUGACCUUCCCAAUUUGCAGUUAUCGUGCUCGGCUCUCUUGGCCUGUAAUUCAUAUUGCUGAAGCUUUUUCUACAAAGCCAUGAAGCGCAUUCUGGCUUCUGCUGGGAAAAUUUCAAGUACAGUGGAAAAGCAUUCUGGCUUCAAGGCUGUAUUGCCCUACGAAAACUCACCCCUCGCAGAUUACAGGUCCAGUCCUGGAAGCUACUGACAGACGUGAGGCUUUUGCAUUUCCCUGUCUCAGACUCGAGUUUCUGCAUGCCCUUGGUUUUGUUCCAUUUCAGUUCUGCUUGGGGCAGGCACCUCUCAUUUCGGUGGCCAGUUCACUGUUUUUCAGGGAUGGCUGCAUUUCUUCUGCCUUCGUGCAUGUGGUUCUGCUCUGGUAAUUUCUGCUUUCAGACCAGACAUUUCCUUUCUCGUGCAGCUGUUUUAGAAGUGUUCUUUAGCAGCUGGUGGCACCUAGCUCUUGUAGCAGUGAGAAGAUCACGGGACGUGCUUAUGCUCCUGCCUGCCUCUGCAACUCAAAUAGCAAGCAUGCCUUGCACAUGCAUAAAGCCAAGAAUUCAUUGUUAAUAUCACUCAAUUCUUAACACUGUAAUCCAAUGUAAUUACUCAUCUGGACCCAACUGAUACAAAAAGAAGUAGGGUGUCUGCUAUGUGUGGUGCCUUUAGCAUGUUAGAUACUAAUUCCUGUUCUCUUUGCAGCCCCUAAGGCCAGCUCUGCCCAUCUCCUUUCUUUGGCUGACUGUGGGUGAGCUGUGCACAGCCAUGGGGUCUCCACCUGUGCCCAUGCAUCCCCUGCACCCCUCUGCAUCGUGCCCCAUGCCCGCUGCAUUCCCCGGCGCUGCCGCACAUGUCUCAGCACCGCAUGCCUGCUUGUUCCUGCUAGGUGCACAACCUGCAGCCGGCCUGGGCCCGGAAAGCUAAGGCAGCACCCGGGGCUGCUGCUGGCAAUGUGGGACUGCCCUGAGCAAGUGGGGACAGACCUGAUGGAAGUGGCCGGGACCACAAGGCAGUGUGGCACCAGACAGUGUUCUGCCUCGGGGGACCUGCAGCUGGAACAGCUUUGGUAAGGUUCGCCUUGUUCAUUCAAAAACAUUUUUCUUAAAAGGUUAAAGAGGCAGAAAUGUGAUGACUUCCAUUUUGUGCAAAUGAAAUGUUUUUGUAGGCUCGAAACAUGUUUUUGCCUGGCUCUAUUUAUAAAGAGCUGCCAGCGGUGGGAGGAACCUGCAGCUUCUUCUCCCUUGUGUCCAGCUCCGACUCCGCCUGCGUGAAAAUCGGCUGGGACCACACCGGUGCCUGAGCAGUGCCAGGCCCUUGGCCACCAUGGCAGCCAUGGGACAGGGAAAAGGGUGGGGACAGGGUGGGCAGCUCCUUGCUGCUGGCGUCGCUCUGGCACAGGACCUGUGCCGGCGGUGCCUGUGGCCGGGUGGGAUGCUCUCCCACCAUCAGCCAUCGCUUUGGUCUCUUCUCACCGGGCUUCCCAGAAAGCAAGCAGCAGUGGUCUGUUUUUCAGGGUGUCAGCACUUGAACUACUCUGCUUGUGCCCAUGACCUGCAGGUAGCGUGCCCCUGCUUCGCCACUCCUGAACGCAUUCCUGUUUGGAAGAGAGGCAAAGAGCUGCUCCUCCUACGGCGUCCCCUCUGACGCUGAGCGGCAGGAGGCAGCCUCAUCCAGCCCUGAGGACAGCACACACACGUGCGCCUUCUCACACAGCUCGGCUGGGGACGACUCACACGUUUACGUUUCCUUUCAUCCCUUGGUGGGGUGGCAAGUUAGGAUUUUGAAAUCUUCUGUGGGAGAGGAAUCCCAAGGUACUUUUUUCAUAAACGUAAGGUAUUUAUCUAGCUGACAAAAUGGAAAUGCCUCGCUGCAGGUUGUUGAAAGGAUGCACAGCGCUCGGUCUUUGGGUGAACCUCUCCUGGUUUGUGCAGCUGCGGGACACUGGUCUCCAGAGCCACCCUGCCCUGUCCUUUGGGUGGCACUGCAUCCCCAGCGGUAACGCUGGGUUACGCAGCUUCUGCUGUGGACCUGCUACAGAGACCUGCUACGGUGCACGUGUUCCUCCCAGGCUGGGAGGUGGGGACACUGCUGCUCCUAGGAAUGUGUGACUGGAGCAGGAACUGGGGGGUAGGCGAUUAAUGAUAGAUGAGCCUAAAGAACCCUGCAAAUACCCUGCAGCACCUGCUUCUUAAUAUUUCUGAUAUGAAUUUGAGUUACUGUGGCCCUAAUGAGGCUCACCUACUUUCAAAUUCCUGAUGUGCUCUGGUGUCUCUGCAAUCACGGGUGUUACUUAAGAAAUUUUAGAAAAAAGGAGGACUUGUUGAAUGGAAACUUCCUUCUUAAAAGGUCACUCGGAAAAUGGUUUAUAAUAGAUUCAUGCAAAUAGAGCUUCAACCACGAGCCGCUAAUUUGGGACAUUGUGAAUGGGUGAGAGCUGGUUGUGUCACCAAUAGAUGGCACCAGGAAGUAUCUCAGCAUGUUCCCAGAGCUUUUUGCAACAAGAAGAAAGGCAGGUGCUGGGCAGAGGUGGAUAGGACCUGUCCCUGUCCUGUCCCCACCGGGAUCGGGGGACAGCUGGGCUCCCAGGGCCUGCCCCGACCUGUGGGACACCGUGCUGCUCGUGCUUACAGCACUGCCUCCCGCACUCUGUGGAUCAGCCUUGCUGCUCCCCUUGGCAGCGCUGUCCUGAGGUGCUGAGCUGCCUCCCAGCCGCCAGACCUUUCUCAAUGGUGUUUCCAGACCACGGGAACCCUAGGGACAGGACCUGGCAAAUAAGGAAUCGCAUGCAAGGGCUCUUCAGAUUAUUUCAGGGCUGUGGAAAUAGCUUGGGAAGAACAGAAAAUGAUCUUUCUGCCCUCCAGCUGUCAGCCUGUGCCACAUACCCACCCCUCUCCUCAUGAGGGUACCUGCAACUGGGCGCUGCCAACUGCUUCCAAAUGUCAUCAUCCAUUUGUCUUGGACAAAUUUUUCCAACAAAGGAUUGAUUUUUUAAAUCAAUUACACCAAACUCAUUUACAGCACAGUGAAAAGUUGUUGAUUAAAAGAUGCAAACUCACAGGUGAACAAGAACAGUCAAAGUGUUUUGGCUCUGUUUCUAAUCAAGGUCUGAUCUCAACAAGAGGAUUUCUAAAUCCCAAAGCCCAAAGAUGUCAAAAAUGUUGUAUUGUAUGAAAACAAAAAAUCAUUCAGAGCAGGCGAUUACGUUCUUAUGUAAACCUGGCUUCAUUCGGCAGAGUUGAGAUGAGCUCAGCUGUGGUCAGGAAAUGGCCAGCGCUGUUCACACGACCCUCGCACCCCUGCUAGCUUGUAGGUCCGUCUGCUGGUUCACAAUGUGUUUAUCUUUUUCCUUGCCCCUUUCACGUUCCUUUAAGGAGCAUUUCAGCUGCUGUGGCCCAAAGCUGCCUCCCGGAGGCACGUUACAUUCUGCAGCCACUGGGCAUCGUGCAGGAUGUGCCCGGGCCCAGCCGUGGGCCACACGUGCCCCUCAAACCACGCUGACAGCGCGAAUUGAGGCCCUUGUCCGGCCGCAGCCCACGGGGCUUACGGGGCAGGAACCGGGGGCUGCGUUAAGCCGGUUACACGGCGGUGGUAGGAGCGAGGUCACCCUCCGUGGAUUAGGAGGCGAGAACAGUCGGUGCUCCUGUCGCAGGGGGAAGCACAAAGGGCCAUUGUGUGCAGGAUACAAAAUCCCUGUGUAUUACCGCGGGCUGACAUGCUGAAAGACCCGCUCUACAUGCCAGCACAAAAGCUGCCUUGCUUCAGAUUGUUUGUUUAUGUAAAUUUCAGCGGUGCAUCUAAUUAUGAGGCCGGAGCAGCCGAGCGCCAGGCGAGGUGCUGAUUGGGUCCCAGUGGCGGUGCUGGCGGACAAGCCCCCACCAGCCCGUGGCUGUCACCGCCGGCCCCGUCUCGCCGCCGCACCACAGAGGGGACACGCGGUGACCGCGAGGACAUCCCCGGAGCAGCGGCCCAGCCCGGGAGCGGAGCGGGACGGAGCCGGCAGGUGCACGGCCUGAGUGCCCCGGGCACGGUGCUCAGCAUGACCGAGGACGUGCCGGUGGUGCCCAGCGUGCCCGAGUGCAACGGGAGCAUGGUUCCUGAGAAGGGACCGCUCCAGGUCAUUGGCAUCAUCGAUGACAUCGCGAGGUCUGUCGGGACGGGGCCCUACACAAAUGCAGACACCAGCCCUGAUGCUCCGCUCGCAAAAGGAAAUCAGGAGGAAAGUAGAAACUCGCUGGUGGAGGACAUAGAGUGUGGAGAUUUUGACGGAGAGAAGCAAUGCGAAGAAAAGCAAGAGGAAAAUGAUGCGACGCUACAGCAGGGAUCAGUUGAUCUCCAGGACACAGGAACCGGUGGCCAGGAGUCAGAGGAAGGGCCGGGCAGCGGGCAGCCAGCGCUGGGGACAGCGGCCGGCCCCAGCGGGGAGGUGGCGGGGACCCCCGUGGGCACCGCCGAGCAGAGAGGGAACGAUGCUGAGGAGGAGGAGGAGGAGGUGGAAGAAGAAGAGGAGGACACCGAGGAGGACGAAGUGCAGGUGAUAGAGAUGCAGGAGACCAGCGAGGCGUCCCGUCGGCAGCAGCAAGAGAGCGGCAAGGAGGUAUCGCCCCCCACCAGCCCCGGCUGCAACGCCCAGGCGGAGAAAGCUGGGGAGCAGCCCAGCCUGGGGAAAAAAAAUGACAUCUCCAGACACAGCUACUCCCGGUACAACACCAUCUCCUACCGGAAGAUUAGGAAAGGAAACACCAAACAAAGAAUUGAUGAAUUUGAAUCCAUGAUGCACUUAUAAACUGAAGUGGAGAAUUGCUUACUGAGACAACAGUUCACUUUGUUUUUUGUUUUGUCUCCCUUCCCCCGCCCCCUGACAUAUUUCUUCAUGCAACAUGAAGUCACUGCUUUUUGGCUUUUUGUAUGAUUUCAUAAAACGUUGUGAAAAUGUAACUUCUAUGCUUCACUUUGCCAGCAGGCAGAGGCAUCCGUAGAACAGGAGAAUAAUCAGUUCACUAAGUGUAAUACCAUUUGAUUUGAAGUUUACCCUUUAUUUUCUAUCCCUUUUUUUUUUUUUUUUUUUUUUUUUUUGUAACCAUAUUCAAACUCUGGUAUGUCUGGAAUGAGCUGGGGCUUCUGUAGCUGCAGGCACACAGGUGAUCCAUGCCGGCAGCCGUGCUGGUAACGAGUUGGCAGUGCAGCCAUCCCAGUGGCGCUGGGCAGCACAGGGUGAAUAAUAAACGCCACGGCUGUUUGCAGCUG